GCCGGAAGUAACUGAUCCUGCGCUGGGGCCACUUCCGGCGGAGCAAGAUGAACUACAUGCCUGGUACAGCCAGCCUGAUAGAGGACAUUGACAAAAAACAUUUAGUAGUACUUCGGGAUGGAAGAACAUUAAUAGGAUAUUUGAGGAGUGUAGAUCAAUUUGCUAAUUUAGUUCUUCAUCGGACAGUGGAACGAAUCCAUGUAGGAAGGAAAUACGGUGACAUUCCCAGAGGAAUUUUUGUUGUCCGAGGAGAAAACGUGGUGCUUCUGGGGGAAAUAGAUCUGGAAAGGGAGACUGAUACUCCCUUACAGAAAGUGUCUAUUGAGGAGAUUCUGGAAGCUCAACGAGUUCAGCAGCAUGAAAAACAAGAAGCAGAAAAGGCAAAAAGUGAAGCUUUGAAAGAACGAGGAUUAUCUAUCCCCCGGACAGAUACCCUUGAUGAAUACUGAAAAAAAGGUCACUUUUAAGAGUACGAUACCAGACUUUGGCGCAACACCUUUUUUUCUAAGUAACUGGACUUUAAGUGACUAAGUUUCCCUGAUGAAAUGGGAGAGAUUGUAUCUAUAAGAUGAUUGAACCGCAUAUGUAAAAAAAUAGUUUUUAAAACUAUUUUACAAUGGUGAUUACAGACGAGCUGUGCUUUUUUUUUCAAGUCAAAGCAACAAUGCAUUAGAAAGAAUGCGUUGAGUUAAUUUACAGGUUCUCGGAAUCCACCCUAUUGGCCUGAAAAUUUAACAAUAAAGACCAUCACCACAAUGAAGCUUUAGUCACACAUGAUGGGUUUUCCCAUCAACGAAAGGAUGCGCCAUACCAAUCAAUGUAUUAUUUGUAGGUAGGUUUUUCUUACAUAGAUUAACUUUCCAUGUAUUUACCAAAAAUAAAAAUAUCAUUUUUUCAUAAA